GUGACCCGCAAAGACAAGAACAAGGUAACUUUCGACGUCACCGACAGUGCUUCUGGCACUUCUACGACUGAGGACAUCGAGGCCACCACCACUGGUUCCGAAGAGGGACGCACCGUCAUUGGUUCCACGGAGCAUGGGGGUGCCCCGCUCCUCUUCCCAUCCAUGGUUCAGCAGGACGACUGCGACAUCCAGGACUACGGGGACGAGUGCUCCCCCGACGCGUGCAACAUAGGUCGUGUACCCGCUGAGGCUCCCUCUGGCUCGUGCGGUGGCGUCAGCACCAGCCACCAUGCGUGCGACGCCGUGCAGGUCGUGCAGGUCGUGAGCGCUGAAGCCGAGACCGUAAACGCCGUCGUCCCGAAUACGUUCACCAACAUGAUCUUGGGGUCGCAGCUGUUCGAAGAAGUGACCACCGUGUUGCUGUCCUCUCUGACCUUCCGCUUCGACACAUUGGACGAUGUGCUUGUGCAGAUCGCGGAUG